UCAGUCAUGAAGAAGAUCGUGGUUCACGGAGUUAAGGAAAAGACACCAAUGGGUUUCUGCGAUGUCCCACGAAAAAACCUGUUGGACUUUAUACGUGAUAUGAAAAGCAUUUCUGUCCCAAACGAACCAAGAUACAAACCUCUCAGAAAGAUCCACCAGGCUGCAAGCGAGGGUGAUACAGAGAGAUUACAGAGAAUGAUAAGUCGUGGGAAACACGGUGUGCACGACAGAGACUUUAAGCAAAGGACUGCUCUGCAUUUUGCCUGUGCCUAUGGCCAGGUGGAAGUAGUAGGUGUUCUACUGAGAAAUAAUUGUGAUAUUGAUGCUGUUGACAGGAACUUCAUCACGCCUCUGAUGAAGGCUGUUCAAAACUGGGCAUAUGAAUGUGUGUGUACAUUGUUGAAGCACGGUGCUGAUCCAAACCGUAUGGACAAAAAUGGCAAUACUUCUCUCCACUACGCUGUGUGUGAAGAUAACCAGGCACUGGCUAAGUGCUUGCUUAAAUACAGUGCAAACAUGGAACAAAAAAACAAGGAUGGCUUUACACCACUUUUACUGGCUCUCAAGGAAAAUAAAAUAGAGAUGGCAAAGUUUUUAGUAAAGAAGGGGGCAAAUAUACACGUAUUUGAUGAGAUGAAAAGAAACACUCUCUUAUAUGCCAUAAGAUGGGACUCUAAAGAUAUGGUCAAUCUACUUUUGGAUGAGGGUAUUGACUUUUUCUUUAAAGAUGUAUUUGGAUGGACUGCAUUACGGUAUGCUAUUGAAGGCACAAGUAAAGGUAGUCGAGAGAUUCUCAUGAACUAUGAUGAAAAGUUACGUAGAAAAAAUCAAGAUGGCAUCUCAGAAUACAAGAAUUUUGAAGACAAUUCAUUAGACAAGCACCUCAAUGAUCCUACUUCUGAGACCACCUUGCCUAAAUCAAGUGAGAAUGCAUGUGAUUUUGAUAAUGAGCCAGAUAUUUCAAAGUUUGUCCUCACUACGUGUCCUAGUAACAUAUGUGGGGCUGGAGAUCAAGAAGAUAAAAGUGAAACAAAAGAAACAGUAGAUGAGCAGAAAUCGCCACCUCACCCAGGCCCUCCCAAGUUGGUAAUGAUCCCUCCAAUGAUCUUCUAA